GCCAUGGCGGUGCCGCCGCCGCCGCCGCCGGGCCCCGAGCAGGCCCCGCGGUACCAGGAGUGGAUCCUGGACACGAUCGACUCGCUGCGUUCGCGCAAGGCGCGGCCGGACCUGGAGCGCAUCUGCCGCAUGGUGCGGCGGCGGCACGGCCCCGAGCCCGAGCGCACCCGUGCCGAGCUGGAGAAGCUGAUCCAGCAGCGCGCCGUGCUCCGCGUCUCCUACAAGGGCAGCAUCUCGUACCGCAACGCCGCCCGCGUGCAGCCGCCCCGCCGCCCGCCACCGCCCGCCCGCCGCCCGCCGCCCGUCAGCCUCCGCGACACCGCGCGGCUGCUCGGCGGCGACGGCCGCCUCACCCGCGGCCGCCUCCAGGGCUCGGCCGCCCGCCCCCCGAGCGCCCCCCCCCAGGCCAAGGCCUGCGCCCCGGGGGAGGGCGGCUGCCAGCACAUGGCCCCCCUGAAAAAGGAGGGGGCCUUCGGGCAGCCCGACAGAUGUCCCCAGCGCUGGCCGGGGGCCGAGCCCUCGGUGCCGCUGUCCCCGGGCCGGCCGGGCCCCCAGGCUGCCGAGGGAGCCCCGUUCAGCUGCACGCCCGGGCGCAAGGACAAGGCCGUGGACCCGGUGGAGUGGUCGGUGCGGGACGUGGUCGAGUAUUUCACCGAGGCCGGCUUCCCCGAGCAGGCCGGGGCCUUCCAGGAGCAGGAGAUCGAUGGCAAGUCCCUGCUGCUGAUGCAGAGGGCCGAUGUGCUCACCGGCCUCUCCAUCCGCCUGGGCCCGGCGCUCAAGAUCUACGAGUACCACGUGAAGCUGCUGCAGCGCAGCCACUUCCAGGAUGAGGAGCCCCCCCCGGAGCCCUUCCCGGCCUGAGAGACCCCCGAGGACACGGGGGGACCCCAGGGGACGCCCCCAAACCGGGGGGGACGCCCCCAAACCCGCGGGGACGCCCCGGGAUCCGGGAGGGCUCCUCCUUCCCCCGCUGCUGCACACGGAGACUUUGGGGGGUGGGUGAGGCUCGGGGGGGUCUCACCCCGUUUUUGGG